AUGUCCAUGUACCAGGUAAAGCCCGUGUGUGGCGGCCACAUGCACGUAGAUUUACCCACGUGCAUGUACAACAUACCGAAUAUUCACGCGCAGCCCGGACCCGGCUCCGACCACGCGCUUCAGAACGGUGAAGUGGACCCCGCUGUGAAAGCCCUUGAGGCUCGUCAGGAUGAGAUCAUGCGCAAACUGUACGAGCUGAAGGCAGCAGUGGAAGGACUGGCCAAGACUGUGACCACCCCAGACGCAGAUCUGGACUUGACAGUCAGCAGCAGCUUUUCUUCCCAGAGCCCCACCACUGCAGCCUUCAGAAGCCCAGCUAACCUGGAAUCACUAUUGGGAAAAGACCUCGGUGCGCUUCGUGACAUUGUGAUUAAUGCCAACCCGGCUGAGCCACCACUAACUCUGUUUGUGAUCCAUGGCCUCCUGUGUCAACGUUACCGGCUUUUAUCAUCUGUCCAUGUCCACUCCUCUGUAGCUAGUGUACCGCCACAGCUUCUGUCCUGCCUCGGACCACGUCAUGCAGAUAGCUACGCUCGUCAAUUAUUCCAACUCGGCUUCACACUCAUAUGGAAAAAUGUUCCAAAACUCCAGAUGAAGUUCAGCAUUCAAAACAUGUGUCCCAUUGAAGGAGAGGCCAAUGUAGCACGUUUUCUCUUCAAGUUGCUCAGUGUUUAUCCAUCUGACCCUGCUCAGGCAACUCUAGUGGAUAGUUGGGUGGACACUGCCUUUUUUCAGCUGGCAGAGGGUGAAAAGUGGCUCUGCUUCCUCUGCUCCUGCAAAUGUCCAGCGUUGGUUCAAGUCUUGUGA